AUGGCGCUGCGACUUCGAGACGAACCUGCAUGGAAGACUUUUCUCACGGCAGCUAGUAUUCCGGAUGAAAUCGAGGCUAAAUACGCUACAAUACUAGUCGAAAAUCGAUUAACCGAAGCAACAAUAUCUCAGCUAACUGUAGAACACUUAACGGCAAUAAACAUUACCGUUCUUGGCGACGUUUUAGCAAUUCUUGGUCAUAUCCAGACUGUACUCUCCUCUCCAGCUCUGCAAGCACCGCACGUCGAAAGUACUACGUCUACAGCCGCACAGUUCAAGCCUCCACCUGCCGCCAUCAAGCUUCCUUCAGUGAGUUCUAACAUGACACAUCCUCAGUUUCGAAAGUUCCUCAUUGAUUGGACCGUAUACAAGAAAAUCACUCGCCUACCUACCUCAGAGUUUGCCUCGCAUUUAUACAGCACUUGUGACGAAUCCGUUCAGAAUACACUCAUUAACUCCUUCCCAGAGUUUUUACAGUUGCCUGAGGACCAAAUGCUUAAGACCAUCGAAAGUGUUGUGACGAAACGUGCUAAUCCCGUCGUGCAUCGAAUGAACUUUGGUAAUUUAACACAGCAUGAGUCUGAGUCAAUCCAAGAUUUCUUAGUUCGCAUACGAACUCUCGCUAUUGACUGUGAGUUCUCUUGCCCUACGUGCUCUGUAAACAUUUCAGCAAUGCACAUUAGGGAUCAGUUUAUCCGUGGGCUACACAACGUACAACUUCAGACAGACAUUCUAGCCAAGGCUGGCAACCUCAAGACUAUCGAGGACAUUGUUAAGCAUGCCGAGGCGUUUGAGACUGCCCUUCGUGACCAAUCUCAAUUUCAACACUCUGCUGACGUUCACGCCGCUCGAGCUUCGCCAUAUCGCAAGCAAAAGCGACCGAACUUCCCACCUAACCAAACUUGCAAUGGUUGUGGUAGCAAAGACCAUGGCAUCCCUGGCAUGCCUCCUCGUCAUUCCCAUUGUCCCGCAUGGGGAAAGACAU